AUGAGUGAAUUGCAGAAGUCGUUCGCUAAAUCUAAAUUAGCGAGGCUACCUCCCGACAUCUCCAUGUUCGACGAACUGCCGGAACAUGAACCGGCAAAUGCUGGGCAUGGGGAGUGGGGGAAGUUUGAUGAUGAUUCUUCCUCGGCCUCGUCUGCAUCUUCAACGGGCACGGUGAUGCCGUCUCCUAGUCAAAAACUAUUUGCGAGAAAUAGUGGGACGCAAAUUGGAAGAGGGGAAAUGUCAUCUCUUCCAUGGAUAGACUAUUUUCAAAGAGAGCUCUUUCUUGAAGAGGACACUGAUGAUCUACACAUCACUCAUCAUGCUUAUAUUACACCUCCAGAAGAUUCCGGGCCCCUAUUCGUCAUGCAUCAUGGGGCUGGAUCUUCAGGUCUUUCAUUUGCUGCUUGCGCGCAGGAAAUUAGAAAAAUCUUGCCGAGUGCUGGAAUUUUGUCCUUGGAUGCGCGCAAUCAUGGAAACAGCACAUCCAGAAGCAAUACCCAGCCCACUGAUAUUGAAGUAAAUACUGAUGAGUUGGACUUGAGUUUGGAGACAUUAAGCCGCGACCUGGUGUAUGUCAUCCGCCACACAAAAGAAGAGAUGAAAUGGGAAUCUAUUCCCCCAUUAGUCUUGAUUGGUCAUAGCCUUGGUGGUGCUGUUGUCACACAUGUUGCUAGAACUGGUGAACUAGGCUCUGAUGUGCUUGCUUAUGCUGUUCUUGAUGUUGUAGAAGGUUCUGCAAUGGAUGCACUCCAAAGUAUGGAGACGUAUCUUUCCAUACGACCGUCUAGUUUUCCCUCUUUAUCAGCCGGCAUCACUUGGCACCUUCGAUCUCGAACCAUCCGCAAUACAAAUUCAGCCCGUAUUUCUGUUCCAGGCCUUCUCCGUGAAGAUAAAUCGGAUUCCUCGCGACCGUGGAAAUGGAAUACUAAUCUAGCUGCCACAAAGCCGUUUUGGGAGAAUUGGUUCAUCGGCCUUAGUAAAAAGUUUCUCGAAGCCAAGGGAGGAAAGUUGCUUCUUCUUGCGGGAACAGAUCGGUUAGAUAAAGAGUUGAUCAUCGGUCAAAUGCAAGGAAAAUAUCAGUUGCAGGUUUUUCCUGAGGCGGGUCAUUUCAUUCAUGAAGACCAGCCCACUAAGACUGCUCGUAUUCUAGUUGAUUUUUAUAAAAGAAACGAUAGAAGCGCCCUUGUAUUGCCCCCAAAGGUCGGUGACAUGAUGGCUACUAAGGCAAUGUCAAAAGUCCUUGGUUUUCCAUCAUCAUGA